AACGCUACAGAAAACAUUUGGAAGAAUAUACUAUCUAAUAUUUAUUUUCUUCCCCAAUACAAUUUAAUGUUAUGGUUUAAGCCAGCUCAGCCAUUAUUGUGAAAUUUGGAAGGCCAUUUCCAGGUUUCCAAAACCAUUCCCUGAUUAUACUCUUCCUAUUCUCCUCUAUUUAAUAUCAUAUAUGGAAGGUUUGGUGGUGAUAUAGUUGUUCCCAGGACCCAGGUUUCACUCUUGAAGAUUGGAUUCUCAUUGGAUUGCUUGGCUUCACCUUUGUUUUUUUUCCUUUCCUUCUUUGACGUCAAACACCCUCUAAUCUAAGGAAACGUGUAGCCAACUUUCCUUUCCCAACUACCCUCUUCUUUUUCUAGUCUACCCAAGUUCUUUGAAUUACCAGUAACAUUUGUUUGAUUUCUCAGUUGAAAAGAAGGGGAGAAAAAAAUAGUUUGGGCUUUUCUUUUUUGAGUAGUUUUGUGUUAUGGGGUCCAUUCAUACUUAACCUGCAUUCUCCUUUCAAGUUGCCUCUCACUCUGUUUCACCAACAACACCGCACCACCAAACUUGAUUCUUUUUUUCACUCAUUGAGAGGUUGAAGUUUUGGCCUUUUCUUGUUCUUUUGAUAGAAAAAUAGCAGGACAUUGGCAUUGUGUUAUUUGGUUUUUGAGAUUUCUUGUAUUUUUUGAUGGCUUUGAAGUGUGUUCCGAUCUUCUUUUGUUCUCAAAAGCCUCAGUCUCUUCUUGAGAUACCAGCUUUGGGGUAUAGCCGAGGUAGGAUUGUGUUGGAUUUGAGGACUAUUAGAUUGGAAUGCUGUGCUUUGGGUGCUUCAGCACAAAGUGCUAUUUGUCUUGUUGAAGACGAGAAGCCUGGGGCCAAGACAUCUCCCACUGGGAAGAUUGAUAACGAUGGGAACACAAUCUCAAGGGGGUUUCACAAGGACUUGAAUCUUCUUCCUAAACCGCUGUCCAAAACCGAUCUAUCUCCAUUUCCUGAUGAUGGUUCAAACGUGCGGGUUGCUUUUCAGGGAAUCUCAGGUGCAUAUGGCGAGGAUGCUGCCCUUAAAGCAUACCCUAAUUGUGAGACUGUGCCAUGUGACCAAUUUGAAGCAGCAUUCAAUGCAGUUGAACUUUGGUUGGUGGAUAAGGCAGUUCUCCCCAUUGAGAAUUCUGUCGGUGGUAGUCUACACCGUAAUUAUGAUUUACUCCUCCGGCAUAGGCUACACAUCGUGAGGGAGGUACUGUUGGUUGUUAACCAUUGCCUCUUGGCAUUGCCUGGUGUUGAAAAGCAGGAAGUGAAACGUGUUUUAAGCCAUCCCCAGGCACUUGCUCAAUGUGAGAUGGCACUUGCCAAAAUGGGCAUUGUUAGAGUCAGUGCUGAUGAUUCUGCUGGUGCAGCUAAGAUAGUUGCUUCGAGUGGAAGAAGGGAUAUGGGUGCAAUAGCAAGUGCUAGAGCCGCUGCAUUAUAUGGGCUUGACAUUCUUGCAGAAAAAGUCCAGGACGAGGAUGAUAAUGUUACCAGGUAUUUGGUACUCACAAGAGAACCCAUAAUUCCUGGAACUGACAGGCUUUAUAAGACCAGCAUAGUUUUUACUCUAGAAGAAGGUCCUGGCAUGCUAUUUAAAGCUUUGGCUGUGUUCUCCCUAAGGGGUAUUAAUUUGUCAAAGAUAGAGUCUCGACCACAAAAAGGGCGUCCUCUAAGGGUGGUCGACGAUUCUAACAAAGGGAGUGCCAAGUACUUCGACUAUCUUUUUUACAUCGACUUUGAAGCUUCUAUGGCAGAACAGCGUGCUCAAAAUGCUUUGGAACAUUUACAGGAAUAUGCCAGAUUUCUCCGAGUCCUCGGUUGCUAUCCAAUGGAUGAAGUUCUAUAGAUGGAUUACCCCCUGCCCUCCAAGGGAGAGUACAUUUUGUCAAUAUAUUUAUUUUUCUGCCAAACCAGCAAGAUGGUGACGGCUCAACCCCCACAGGCAAUGUACAUACAAGUCCUGCUGAAGAUGGAUGAAGAGUUUCCUGGAAUAUGUUGAAAGCUUUACUUUAUUAGUUCAAAAGCUUCUUCGACAUGAUCCACUCUCUUUCUUUCCAUUCUUUUUAGCCCCCAUGGUGUUUCUUCAUCCUCCUAAAGGAUGCUGUGCCAUGUGAAAUUUCAUCCAAAAUCACAGUUAUACAAUUGAUCCCUAUUGAGGUCCUUUUAAAUCUUUGCAAAUUAAGAUUGGAUACUUACAAAGUAUAUUUAGUUUUAUUUUAAAGGGUAAAUUACACCAACAGUAAUUCAACAAAAGAUAUUAAUGGUUAAGUUUAGGGCCACAAUGAUUAAUAGAAGAGAAGCAGUUGAUGUUGUCUGGACUAAA